GUAAACAAAAUAAUGAUGCAGCUUCUGUUCGCACAGCCCAUCCAAUACCACCCGCUUGUGGCAUCUAUUAUUUCGAAGUGAAAAUUAUAUCUAAGGGCAAAAAUGGUUACAUGGGCAUUGGUUUGACAGCUCAACAGUUUCGUAUGAAUCGUUUGCCAGGUUGGGAUAAACAAUCGUAUGGUUAUCAUGGCGAUGAUGGUAAUUCAUUUUCUUCAUCCGGCCAUGGCCAAUCGUAUGGUCCGACAUUUACCACAGGCGAUAUUAUCGGCUGUUGUGUAAAUUUCGUCAAUAAUACAUGUUUCUAUACUAAGAAUGGCACUCAUUUGGGCAUUGCGUUUAGAGAUUUGCCGACAAAAUUAUAUCCCACAGUUGGUCUACAAACACCCGGCGAAGAAGUUGAUGCCAAUUUUGGACAAGAACCCUUCAAAUUUGAUAAAAUCGAAGAGAUGAUGCGAGACAUGCGAGAAGAAAUGAAGAAAACAAUUUAUGAUUUUCCACUACCUGUCGAACAAGGCGAUCCUACAACAUUGUUACAAAAAAUGGUUAAUUCAUAUCUGGUGCAUAAUGGUUACAGUCAAACAGCUGAGGCGUUUGCCCGUACAACGGGUCAAACUCUAAGGGAAGAUCUCUCAUCCAUGCGUAAUAGACAAAAAAUUCUAAAAUUAGUUAUGUCCGGUCGUAUGGGCCAAGCCAUAGAACAGACAUUACGUUCAUAUCCUGGCCUCUUGGAGAACAAUAAGAAUUUGUGGUUUAUGCUAAAGUGUAGACAAUUUAUCGAAAUGAUCAAUGGCUCCGAUAUUGAGAAUGGCAAUACAAAUGAUGAUACCUCCGUUGCAGGCGCAGCAUCAACUGCCGGCAUGGCCUCAACAAGCACCAAUAAUACCCUAACAGCAACAACAACCACCACCAACAAUAGCAGCAGCAAUAAUAGUAACAAUACCACAAACAGCAGCAGCAAUAAUUGCAGUAGUAGUAGCAGCAGUAAUGGUAGUACCACCAAUACAACAGGAACAACAACAACCGCCAAUAAUACCAAUUCAGCGGCAGCGGCAACAGCAGCUGGAAUUGCUGGCAACAAUGCAGAAACAUCAACAGCAGCAGUAGCAACAAAUAAUGCACAGAAUACAAGCCACACAACAACUGUGAUACAUACAGAUAAUGAUAUAAAAACUGAAUCUAAUUUAGUUGAACAUUGUUCGGCUACCGGCGAUGCUCCUAAUACAAUAAGUAAAAAUAAUAACGAUAAUGAUUACCUUAAUGAUGUGGAAAUGGAAAAUAAUGGUCACACUACAAAUGGAAAUAUUUGCAAAAAUGGCAAUACAAAUAAUUUCAAUGAAUCAAUAGAUGCUGACGAAGAAAUGGAUGUUGAUGUCUCACCAUCGGUUCGUAAAUAUAGUCACGGCAUUGAACGCAUACUGGAGUUUGGUAAAGAUUUAUCGCAAAUGGGUCAACAGCUGGAAAAAGAAAGUAAAAUGACUGAUGAGGAGAGACAAAUGUUAGAAGAUGCAUUUAGUUUAAUAGCGUAUUCAAAUCCCUGGGCAAGUCCUUUAGGUUGGCAAUUGUGUCCAACAAAACGUGAGACUGUCUGUAGAGCUUUAAAUUCAGCCAUAUUAGAAUCAAUGAAUUAUGCAAAAUGGCCACCAUUGGAAUAUUGUGUGGCCCAUGCCAAUGAAUUACUCAAGGUUAUGGCUCAGGCAUCGUUGGGCGCAUGUGCUUUUGUCAAUAUCUCCGAUGUGUUUCCAAAAAAUUGACCCACUAAACCAUAGCUAAAGAUG